CCAACACUGUAAGUCAUAAUUACAACUUUUAAGAACAAGAAAAAAAAAUGUCGUGGUUAGCAAGAUCCAUUGCCAACUCGCUCAAACUCGAUGAAGAGGAAGACGACAACGACCUUACCAAUGCCGCUCCGAACUGGAAACCCGAAUCCGAUCCAAACCCCAACCUAUCUUCUCCCUCCCAUUCCCAUUCCUCAUCGGAUCCCAACACUCCACGUGGCGUCAAAGAAGACCUCUCCGAGCUCACAAAAACCCUAACUAGCCAAUUCUGGGGCGUCGCCUCCUUUCUCGCCCCGACUCCUCCGCCGUCAUCGGACCAACCGCCCGAUCACACAGAGGAGGAAAAAUCUCUGCGGCCGCCGUCCAAUGAGGCGGAUGAAUUUUCCGAUGAGGCAUUGAUAGCCGGAAUCCGUAGCGAUUUAUCGGAGAUUGGCGGGAGAUUCAAGACCGGAUUCUCUAAGCUGUCUAACAACAUUGCCGUCUCGGAGUUCGGUAAGAUCGCUUCGAAUUUUCUUCUGUUUGGAUCAUCCGAGGAAGAGAGUCUUGAAAAAUACGAGAGUGGAAACGUCGUCGGUUUGACCGAAGAAGUUGUCGCCUUUGCUCGGGAUAUAGCGAUGCAUCCCCGAACUUGGCUUGACUUUCCCGUGCCUGAUGAAUCAGAAUUUGAUGAUUUUGACAUGUCUGAUGCACAACAAGGACAUGCUUUAGCUGUUGAACGUCUUGCACCAAGAUUGGCUGCUCUUAGGAUUGAACUUUGCCCAGGAUAUAUGAGUGAGCGUUGCUUUUGGAAGAUCUAUUUUGUACUUUUGCAUCCUCGACUAAAUAAACAUGAUGCAGAACUUCUGUCUACUCCCCGAAUAGUUGAAGCAAGAGCAAUGUUAAUGAAAGGGUUACAGUACCAAGCUAAGGCAAAGAUGGCGGAAGGUCAUUAUGAUAAUGGCAUUUCAAAUAUAACGGCACAUUUACCUUGUGAAGAGUCUCUUUCUGUGCCUUCUCCCACUCAAACUAAACCAAUGCCACUCAAGGCAUCUGGACCUGAAGUAGCAGCUAUUGCUGUACCUGUUGAGAUUGAAACAGAAAAGCGCCCAGUUCAGACUGCUGAGAUGCAGGUUGUUGACAAGUCUGUCAUUGAGGAAGAGCCAAUGAAAGAGACCAAACAUCAACAUUCGACAUCUGGUUCCUCUGGAGUUUCUAUUGAGAAAUUUGAAGAUGAUGGUGAUGACUGGUUAAAAGAGGAAAAUUCGGAGGCAGUUGGGACAAGUGCUAUCGCAAUCCCUCUUGGAAAUGAUGAGGAUGUUUCUUUCAGUGAUCUGGAGGAUGAUGAUGAUGUGCCAAUAUGUUACAAGAAAGUGACAUCGGGUUCUGAUUCUUCAACAAAAGACUCAAAAGAUUGGGUUCAGCUUGGGAGGAGCUCUAUAGACUCAGUUAAAGACGUUAGCUGUGUUGGUGAUAAACAUUCUGGGUCUGAGCAGGUAAGUGCUCGUAACCCUGAAAGCAAGGAAUCAAAUGACUGGCUUGACAUCGAAGAGAUCAUGUGAACCAAAAACCUUUAGGAUAUUUGUAUUCUAGAUCUUCUUGCUUAUAACCUUGUGAAUAUGUUGUGUAUGGUUUCCUCAGUCCGAGCUAAGGGUCAGGAAACUGUGUUUUGUACAUUUAACCCUGUCAAAAUUGGAUAAUUAUGUGCUGUUGCAAUAUUCAUGUAAUUUUAUGUCCAAUAAAUCCAGCACCUGUUAUAUCAAG